GUCUUAGGCUGCUGCUCCUGUUCUUUUGGUUGUCUCCAUUCUCUUUGACAAAAAGUCAACAAAUUAUACUAUAUGUAAAAUGCUUUUGGUUAUCUCUUUGGUGCUGAUUUUUAUGAUUGUUACAUCAAUAUCGGAACCUGAUGUAGCCAAGAAUAGUGGUCUAUACAGUCAAAUGUCGGAUGGUCAUCAUUACUUUAUACUUAGCUUCUGGUCAGACGAAGAUCAUGGUGUAUUGAUCUUUGUUUGUUUACGGGCAAUGGACUUGGUCGAGGAUGAUCGGUCUCUAGAGUUGUUUAUGAAUCUAGUGACUGAAUUUUGUGCUCAAGUAGGUGGAGGGCAAAAUGCAACACGUAGGAAAUUCAGUUAUUGUCUGUUGAUCGUGUUGUUUCAUGCUGGAGUCCUUGUUAAGUCCUGACAUUUGCGGUAUUUGGUUUGGAAAGAUUAUUGAAGAUCAUAUCAAUGACUGAUAGUGGAGCGCUAUACGUAAGACGGUACAACUAUCUUUCUUGAUGAUCUGAAAUUGUCUGAUAUCUGCAUUUGGCGAGCUUUUAUUUCUCUCCGAGCCAACUGUUAUGAUGACAUUGGGUUUACUGGUGGUACAAAACAUUCGAUGAUGCAGCCAAGCUUGCUAGAUUAUCGUCUAUAC